UUAACGCCAUCAUCCUCCGUCUCUAAAUUUGAGCUUCAUUUAUUUACAUUCUAACAAUUAUCAGCUCUCUAAUAUCUUCUCACAACAAUCGCAAAUGCCGAGCAGAAAUCCAGGUGCGGUGGCGCAGGACUGGGAGCCGGUAGUUCUCCAUAAGGCCAGGCCCAAAGCACAGGACCUCCGAGACCCCAAGGCAGUGAACCAGGCUCUACGAACCGGAAUUCAGGUCCAAACAAUCAAAAAAUUCGACGCCGGUUCGAACAAGAAGCAUGGAGCGACGGACCUGAACGUGAAAAAGCUGGAUGAAGCGGCCGAGCCCGCAGCUCUGGAGCGAGUUUCGGUAGAGGUAAGGCAGGCAAUACAGAAGGCUCGGAUCACAAAGAAGAUGAGCCAAGCCGAGUUGGCUAAGCAGAUCAAUGAGCGGCCACAGGUGGUUCAAGAGUAUGAGAAUGGAAAGGCUGUGCCGAACCAAGCUGUGUUGGCGAAAAUGGAGAGAGUCUUGGGUGUGAAGCUGAGAGGGAAAGUUGUACAUAAGUGAUGAUUAUAAUUGAAUGUUGAAAUUCCUGGUCUCUGUUGUGUUGAUUUUGAAUAAGAGAGGGAAAAAGAACAUAAAAAUUGGAUGUCGAAUGGUCUGGAAGUGGAAUUAACUUGUUAUGUUAUAUAAUUUGAAUUGUUUAUA